UACAAUUUUUUCUUGAAUUUUACACAAACCACUAUUUAUUUAGGGAUAAUUUAUUUAUUCUUCAUAAAUUUUUUAGAUGUUUCUUUCUGUUGAAGAUAUUAACCGUCAAUGUCCUAGAGCAGUUAAUCCUAACGACACAAAUAAUUGGGAAACAUUUCCCUUUGAUGAUAAUUGCUUAAAAUCAUUUUUUCAUAAAUUAACUGCACACCUUCGACGUUAUUAUAUUUGGGAAACUGCAGUUUAUACUUCUUUUUAUGUUUUAAUUUCGAUUUGUGCAAUAAUUGGAAAUGGAUUGGUAAUUUUGGCCGUUGUUAGAAAACCAGCAAUGCGAACAGCAAGAAAUGUUUUAAUUGUUAAUUUAGCUUUAUCUAAUUUAAUGUUGGCAUUAACUACUGUUCCAUUCCUUUGGCUUCCCUCCAUUGAUUUUGAUUUUCCUUAUUCCAAUUUUUUCUGUAAAUUUGCAAAUGCUUUACCGGGCUCAAAUAUUUAUUGUUCUACAUUAACUAUUUCUGUAGGGAUUUUUUUAAAAUAUUUUUUAAAAGAAAUUAUUUUUAAAAUCAAAAAUUUUAUAAUUCUUUAA